AUGAAUGACCAGAGCGAAAGAGGCGGGGGGAAAUCCCGUCGAUCUGAUGAAACGAUGCGAAAUUCCAGCGCAGGCCAUCCACCUAGUCUUAGGGACGACUCCGACGUCGCUAACCCCCCGAGUAGUUUCAUCCCAAAUUUGAGUGACUACGAAGAUGUGGAAAUGACCCCUCUGCAGAAGGAGGAGUCGCCAGACAAGUCCUCCAAAAGAGGCGUUACAGAUCGGAAUGAAAUGUCCCCCUUCGACAUGUUAGGUUACAUUAGCAAGAAUACCUCCCAUCGAAACGCUGAAGUAGCACAGAGGCAAAAUGUCCAGUUUCUUCACGUGGACGAGUCAGUUCGACACCUUCCCGAUAAUGCAUUUAACUUUGCCUGCGGAACUGCCACCCCUAUGACUGUCUCCACAGCGACGCCCAUGUAUGGAUACUCUCCUGAUCAUUUGCACAUCCUGGAGAGUGAUGUUUCUCCUAUGUUUGAUAAUCUCCUCAUCGAUGACGCGCGUGCUGCUGAGGGGAAUUACUUCCAACUGGGGUCUCCCACUGCGCGUACCCCUCGGCCGUGUUUCGAGGUGGCAGCCAAGGUAGAGAGGCCCCACCCAGACGCAGACAACGUGCAAGAGGAUAGCGGAAGAACAGGAAGUAAAAUCCCCCCGAGGAAGAGACCAAAACGAAGAUCAAAACUAGAAGGACGAAGAACCCUGUUCAGUAGCUUCUCCAAAACGAUGAGUCUCCUGUGCGACGAAGUCCUCUCGAAGUCAUUUCAAACGAUGAUAUCUUACGUCAUCACCACCUCAUUUUUUAUUUGUCUGAAUCUGUAUGUGUCCAAUUCGUGUACCUAUGAAGAGAUAGGAGGGUUCGGAGUAGCGGUGUCAGUGAUUACGCUACUCAAUGCAGUAGUGGAUGGAGUGGGUAGCAGCUUGGAUUACUUUUGUAGCUUUUCCAUCGGCAUGGCCAACUCAGAUCUAUCCUUACUGUAUUUAAACAUAGCAUAUUACACCUUUUAUUUUUUCUUCGCCAAAGUGUUGGUCGUCUUUUUCUUAGCCAAGAUUCUGUUUCUCCUUUUUUUAAGUUACCUCUACGCGGAUGUUGGUGGCGUCGUUGAAAGCGGCGUCGGUAUCGGAGUCGAUAUUGCGCGUACACCUUGUCAGCACGUGCAGAUGGUCCAAGUGUUCUGCUCGUCGCUGCAAAUAUUGCUUAUUUCGUUUUUCCCUCAAUUUGUUUAUGAGUCCACUCGACGCUAUUUGAUUCUCCAUAAUUACAUUUAUCCCAGCUUGUUCUCUUCUUUUGUCUCUUUCAUUUUGUUGAAUUUUUUUAGCUACGUCUUUGUAUUUUCUUUAGACAUGAAAUAUGUCGGGGCGUGUCUGUCGCUGCUGCUCACCAAUGUUUUUAACUUCUUCUGCGUCGUGUACUUUUUGAGGAUCCACUUGGCUAGAUGUGUCUCUUCGCCGAGAGGGGCCCACCAGUUGGCAUCGUGCGCGGAGGAGGUUUUACUCAGCGGUGACCACUACGUCGAGGUGGGGGAAGCGGACCAAGAGGAUGAGGAAGAGGAUAGGGAAGAGGAUACCGAUGAGGAGACCAAUGAGACGAGCGGGGCCGAAUGUGAAGACGACACAGACAGCGGGGCACUCAACGGAUCACAGAACGGAGCAUGCGUCGAUACACACCGCGAGUCACACAGCGGGACUUGUGAAGACCCGCACCACCCCCUUCACGGCGCCGACCGAAGAAUACACAACCUCACCUUCCUCUUUUUCCACAAACCAUCAGACGACGACCGAAAGAGGGGAUUCAUAAAAACGACGCGCACAAACAUAAAAAAUAUAUUCUUCGAAAUCUUCUCCUUCGAGUUUCAGCUCUUCGAGGCCACCUACCUCAGUCCAACCUCCGUGGCAACCUUCGUUCAAAUUAAUAACAUUCUCAACUUGGUGUAUUACGUGUCCACUUCGUAUGGCAUCGUUCUUAGCAAACUGAUCGGGAUUUAUGCCUCCUCGCGCGGGGGGAAGGAAACACAAAUGCGGAUCAGCCAGAGCAGAGGGAGCACCCAAAGCAGACCGAGCCGAAUGGACAGGAAAAACAAAGGGAGCCCAAUGGAUAGGAAAACCAAACCACAUGGAACACCUCACAGCUGUGGAAUGGAGCCCCUGCUCAGCGAUCCCAAUGAGUGGGGGCACCAUGACGCACAAAGGAAGAAAGACGAACACGGAAAAGGAACCCCUCCAAUGGUUCCUCAUUACCCAGAAAAGCACAUCCUGUGUGAAUUAAAACCUCGCAGAAAAAGAAGCAGAAACAGACGCAGAAACAGACGCAGAAACAGAAUCGUAAUAACCCUACUCGACAUAGUGCUUGCCUUUCUCCUCAUGUGGACAUUCCUCUCCCUUCUCCUGCUCGCAGUUUACCUCUAUCGAGAUCAGAUCAUACCCUUCGUUUUCACCGAUGUGAACAUACAGAACAAAUUAAAAGGGAUCAUUUUUGUCCUCUCUCUGGAGCUUUUUUUAGAAGUCUUAGCCUCUUUACUCAAUAGCAUUAUAAAGGGUCUCAGCCUACAGGAGGAGAUAUCUACCUUCACCCUUUUAAAUUUCCUCUUCUUCAUGCAACCCCUGGGGCUUCUCUUGACGUUUAUCCUUCAGCUAGACAUUUAUGGCUUUGUGUAUUCUAAUCUCGUCAGCAUGGCCGUGCAGGUCGCUUACUUGGUUGUCUACCUCGCUCUUCGCGCGCGUCGGAAGCUAAGUGGGUAG